AUGCAUCGGUUUGGGCUAACUUUGAUGGAAAGAUGCUAUAUGUCCAUUCGUCGUAAUAAAGGGAUUCAUGAGUUUUCUGAGGAACCAAAUGAAUUUUAUUAUUUUCUUUGCAUAAUUGAGAAAGGCUUAGUUGUGUCUUCAAACUUUUCUGAUAAAUCAAGAACGAUUAUGGCAUUUGGAUGUGAGUUAACACACUCUGAAAUUAAAGAAUAA